CUGCAAGACGACGCAGGCUAGUCAAACCCGUAGUGAAGCUUGGUCUCUACGAACAUCUGCAACCUCUCCUCCGUCCCUCUCCACGCAUCUCGACAUCCGCCUGCAUCGCCAUGUUGUCCCGACAAGCCUUCCGCUCGAUCAGAGCUGCUGCUCCCAAGCGGGCUAUCGCCCCUCGCGCUCCCGUCCGCUCCUAUGCCGCCGCCGCCGCUGCUCAGGACGUCAAGCCCCCGAUUGCCGUCUUUGGCCUUGACGGCACCUACGCCUCUGCUCUGUACACUGCCGCCGUCAAGUCCUCCGCCAUCGACCCCACGGCCCGCGCCCUGACCAACCUCGGCCAGGUCCUCGCCAAGGAUGCUAAGCUCACCUCCAUCCUCAGCACCCCUACUCUCAGCGAUGCCGACAAGAGCGCCAUUGUCGGCGAGCUGCAGAAGCAGGCCGGCGUCUCGAACGAGACCGUCAAGAACUUCCUCGAGACCCUCGCCGAGAACAACCGCCUCGGCAUACUGCCCGGCAUCGUCGACAAGUUCAGCCAGAUCAUGAGCGCCGCCCGCGGCGAGGUCGAGCUGAAGAUCACCAGCGCCCAGCAACUCGACAGCAAGACCCUUAGCCGCCUCGAGACCGCCGUCUCCAAGUCCCAGUACGUCGGCGCCGGCAAGAAGCUCAAGGUCACCAACGAGGUCAACCCCGACGUCCUUGGCGGACUUGUCGUCGAGAUUGGCGACCGGACGAUCGACCUCUCCGUCUCCUCCAAGAUCGCCAAGCUCAACAAGCUCCUCACUGACACCCUGUAAAUUAUCAAACUCCAAUAUAAUCUCUUUUGUACUUUGUCGUCGUGUCCCGAACCAAGGGACGAGGAAAAGCAACCAAGAGCGAUGCGGACUGGCGAAUGGGGACGUCCUGCGCAGGGAUUGGAGACGUACUGUCGGCAGGACCGGAGGAGAUGUGAGAGAGGUCUAUUUCAAAGGGUGCUCUUUUCUCGUGAGAUGCUGCUUCUAGCGAGUUCAGACCAACCGUGUAUAGAUGUUGUCGAAAUAUGAAAUAGAUGAUUACUAUCCUCGGCACUGCCUUGCUCUAUGACGUGCUCGGCCCAACACAAUGCCGCUGGGAAACAGGCACACAAGGGAAUAGCGGUACCCCGUUGU